AUGACUCUAGCUGAAAAAGACGACGAUACGGCCUCCAUCCAUACCGUCUCCACCGAGCCAGCCACCUUGGAGGAGCGUUUCGAAACCCCACCGAGCCAGCAGCAGCGCCGACAUCUGCAACAAAGUCUGGAAACCCCCUCCGAUCGCCUCCUAUCUUCCCAUGCAGAUUCGGAACUCGACAUAGAGGACCUUCUUCUGGACCUGUGUGAGCCACGAGGAUUCUGCUGGAACUCGAGUGAUGGCGGCAUCCUGUGA